AUGAAUGCACUCGACUUCCUAGUGGAAUUCGUUCACCUUGAAGGCACCUCAGACCAUUUACUCCCGCAGCACAACCAAACCACCAACCCUUCCAAGCAUCCGAUAUGCAACACAGGAGCAAAGAUGAUGCCUUCAGCGCAUCCUAUAGCUUACGAGCAGUAUCAUUUCACACAGAAAGCAUCAGAACCAGAAACUACAUACAAUUUCACCACAAACCUAUUUCCUAAACAACACAUGUUUUCGGUAUCAACAAGUCAUUUGCCUGAUCCAAGCGUCAUCAACUUUGAACAUCACGACAUACCGCAACCUUCUAUAGAGCAUAACGAUCAUACAUCGCAGACACUCACUGGAUAUCCACAGAGAGAGCAAGGAGAUGAAUCGUCUCACGAAACAACUUCCAUCAUACCACAAGCAUACUACCAGCAAUCAAACAACCAUGCACCAUGGACUCCGGGCUACGAAGCCUCCAAAACCCACACUACUGUCCCGGACAUGCGGUACGACGCUCAAACACCCUACAUCUUCCAACCAACUCAACAAAAAGAAACCCACUACGUAUCCUUCUCCGAGGGCACCUCACCCGUCCAGAUCCACUGCAACAACACCACCUGCGGAUGCUGGGCCCAAAAACCACAAAGUUAUCACCCCACAGAAAACACAUGGCCGCCCUGGAACAUAACUCAAGUCCCAUAUGGUUCCGAAGUGCCACCCAUCUACAAUGAUUGGACAUUGGAAUCUACGAGGAGGUGUAAUUUUAGCACUGUCUAG